UCUUUCAAACUCCGAAUCCGCCGCCCUAUAUAUAAACCCAAACACCAUUCCCCCUCUCCUCCGAUCUCCACCGCACCCUAAAAAAUCCCCAAAUCGCUCCCCCACACUCCCCUUCCAUGGCGGCGCUCCACCGCCUCCUCCGAUCCUCCGCCGCCGUCGCCGCCGCAGCGAGGAGGGGGCUCUGCACCGUGGAGUCGGAGCCCGGCGCGCGCUUCCCGGCGGGGCUGGCGCGGCGCGCGGCGGCGGAGCCGCCCCCGGCGAGGAGGGGGAGCGAGGAUCGGAGCGUGCAGUGGGUGUUCUUAGGGUGCCCUGGGGUCGGGAAGGGCACCUACGCGAGCCGCCUCUCCCAGCUCCUCGGCGUCCCCCACAUCGCCACGGGCGAUCUCGUCCGCGAGGAGCUCGCCUCCUCGGGCCCCCUCUCCCGACAGCUUGCUGAAAUUGUUAAUCAAGGCAAAUUGGUAUCUGAUGAAAUUAUCAUAAAUCUGUUAUCUAAACGCCUUGAACAAGGAGAAGCAAAGGGUGAAUCAGGAUUCAUUCUUGAUGGGUUUCCACGUACUGUGAGACAAGCGGAAAUCCUGGACGGAGUGACGGACAUAGAUCUAGUGAUCAAUCUAAAGCUGAGGGAAGACGUGUUAGUUGAGAAGUGCCUAGGGAGAAGGAUUUGCAGCCAAUGUGGGGGGAACUUCAAUCUCGCCUCCAUCGAUGUCAAGGGUGAAAAUGGGCAGCCUGGUAUAAAUAUGGCACCUCUCCUGCCUCCUGCGCACUGCAUGUCAAAGCUUAUUACACGAGCUGAUGAUACUGAAGAGGUGGUCAAGGAAAGGCUGCGCAUAUACGAUGAGAAGAGCCAGCCCGUUGAGGAGUUCUACCGUGGCCAAGGGAAGCUUCUUGAGUUCGAUUUACCUGGGGGAAUCCCGGAAUCUUGGCCGAAGCUGCUUCAGGUUCUCAACCUAGAAGACCAUGAUCACAAGCAGCUGGCUGCGGCAUGAUAUUACGAGUUCAAGGAGGUGAAUCCACUUGUUUCCGACAGAAACACAGCUAAAUUUACAACUUCUUAUUCUUUUAAUAAAUUGCACCCUCAUUCCACUAAUCCUGGGGGCGGUAAUUGCCCAAGUAUUGAGCUUCUUCUUUUUACGAUUUUGCCUAAUAGGUUUCAGUUGUAUCAUUUGAUUGAUAACCGCGAGAUACGAUAUGUGUAAGUAGUAAUUUUGAUCUUGAGGGAUGAGUUUGUAUUCUUUUUUGACGGGCAAGAACGUCAUUUUAUUUGGGUGCACCUUUGACUCACCGUUACUAUCAUCUUUUCCUUUAGUUUA